AUGGCUGGUAGCCUAGACUGGGAUGAAACGACUACUUCGAACAUCUUUUUCAGCGACGAGGGUGAACUGGCUAUUUCCACCGGCCGUGACGUUGCGCAACCCGAGCCGAGCGAGUCCGAGCGCUCAAAGCACUCAAAAGAACUACCGACUGACAUUGAUUUUGACUUCCACACCACACACAUGCUGGAACUAGGCGGCCACACACGUGGACGGCUGCUUCAAGAUAAAGAGGAGGCGGGAGCAGUUGUGCGGAUGUUGCACGAGAAGAUCAGUGACCAGCAGAGAUUGCUUGUCGCCCACGAGAUCCUUAGGGAGCAUUUCGGCCACCAAGUGAACAGAUGCUCACGAGCGAGAGUGCCACGAGACAAGUACGGCGACGAACUCAUACUCUUAGGACAUUUAUAUAGUGCCCUGGAGAAGUUCAUCACCUCGAACCCCGACUAUUCCGAUAAAUGCAACAAGAGCGAGAUCGAGGCGGUUGCGGAGGGAUGGGUCCCAGGCGCCGAAUCAACACUGGCGUGA